AUGGCCCUCAUCGAGCUUCUCAUCUCGCCAUGGGCACCGGCCCUGCUGGCUGCAGGCUUGGUGGCCUACUACCUAUACCCGUACUUUGUCACGUACGCACAUUUGCGUGGCAUCCCCUCUCCCUUCCCGGCGCAGUUCACAAAUUUCUGGUUGCUGUAUAUUGUCCGGCGCGGAGACAGAUACGAGACGGUUGAUAAGCUUCACAAGGAGCUGGGUCCUGUGGUGCGGAUCCAGCCCAACCACGUGAGCAUCGCGGACGACGAUGCGAUUAACAUUAUCUACGGACACGGAAAUGGAUUCCUGAAAUCCAACUUCUACGAUGCCUUCGUCUCCAUCCAGCGAGGCCUCUUCAACACCCGAGACCGCCAUGAGCACUCCCGCAAGCGCAAGAUUGUCUCGCACACCUUCUCUGUCAAAUCCAUCGGCCAGUUCGAGCCGUACAUGCACGAGAACCUCGCGCUCUUCGUCAAGAAGUGGGACGAGCUGAUUCAGAACAGCCCGGCCAAGCAGGGCGCCGUGCUCGACUGCCUCAAGUGGUUCAACUAUCUGGCCUUUGACGUGAUCGGCGACCUCGCCUUUGGUGCGCCGUUUGGUAUGCUGGCAGCUGGUGCCGACAUUGCCGAGGUCCGUGAAUCACCAAACAGCCCGCCCAUCUACGCCCCGGCCAUUGAGAUUCUCAACCGCCGUGGCGAGGUGUCUGCUACGCUGGGAAUCUACCCCGAGAUGAAGCCCUGGGCCAAGUACAUUCCGGACCCGUUCUUCAGCCAAGGUCUCGAGGCCGUGCAGAACCUCGCCGGAAUGGCCAUUGCUCGCGUCAAGGCUCGUCUGGACAACCCUCCCGAUGUCGACCGUCUGGAUCUCCUUGCCCGCUUGAUGGAGGGUCGCGACGACAAGGGACAGCCGCUUGGUAGAGAGGAGCUCACGGCCGAGGCCUUGACGCAGCUCAUUGCAGGCAGCGACACGACGUCCAACUCAUCAUGCGCCCUGCUAUUCCACGUUGCCAGAACCCCCGGUGUCAUCGAGAAGCUCCAGGCCGAGCUGGACGCUGCGAUUCCCGCUAGCGUUGAUGUUCCUACCUACGAAAUGGUGCGCGACUUGCCCUACCUGGGCAUGGUGAUCAACGAGACGCUCCGGUUCCACUCCACAUCCGGUAUCGGUCUGCCGCGCGAGAUUCCCGCCGACUCCCAGGGCGUGUCGAUCCGCGGCCACUUCUUCCCACCUGGCACCGUCCUCAGCGUGCCGUCGUACACGAUGCACCACUCCAAGGAGAUCUGGGGCCCCGACGCGGACGACUUCCGCCCGGAGAGAUGGGAGUCUGUCACGACCAGGCAGAAGAACGCCUUCAUUCCUUUCAGCCACGGUCCCCGCGCCUGUGUGGGCAGAAAUGUUGCCGAGAUGGAGAUGAAGCUUAUUGUGGCUACGUGGGCGAGGCGUUACCGCGUCGAAUUGAAGCAAGACUACAUGGAUACCAAGGAGGGAUUCUUGAGAAAGCCCUUGGAACUGAACAUUAGCAUUCACAGGCGGUAG